AUGACCUUCUACGUUCUAUUAACCGUGUUUCUUCACAAAACAGGGCGAGUAAAUUUUGAAAGGGCUUUUAAGAAACCAUUCUCCAUAAUAAGAUUUGAGAAAACAGUAAAACAAAGAUCUGGGCAAAGACGCCUUCCUAAGCCAACCCCGCAAUACACGUAG